GGAUUUGCAGUUGUUUUGGUCAUCCACUAGAUUUCCUAUUCCACUACAAUUAUUACUCCCUAUAUUUCUCUUUAGCUCUUCUAUUGUUACACUCAUUUUCACAUCAUUUUCUUGGCCUGCAAUUUUUUUAAAGAGAUUUUUGUGAGAAAAUUAAAAAAAAAAUAAAAGCAAAAGAAGUAGAACUCUUUUUUGGUCCUUCACAUAUAAUCAAAUGCAACAUAAUUUAGUCUUUUCUUUGUUUUUUGGGUCUCUUACACUCUGAUAUAUUCUCUUCUUUUUCUGCUACUUUUCUUUGAACUUUUUCUCCUUUUCGAGACGGACUCAAUUAUUUAGUUUUUGAGUCUUGGAUCAUAAUUCUUUUAGCAUAUGGAGUUACGGAUAGAUUAUUUAUACAUAUUAAAUGAACCUUUAUAUAUAUAUAUAUAGUACAAAUACAAGAAUUGAGAAAAAUUAUUAAAUUCUACCGAACUGAUAUAAAAUACUCCACUCCGCUCUUUUUCCCCCACUCUUUAACAAGUAGUUUUUUGUAAAUUUCUAUUCUUUUAGGAACCCCUUCUCCUUCUUUACUCUUUAUAUAUUCCAAUUCUCCAUUUCAAUGCAAAUAUGAGAAACCACUAUACAAAAAUAGACCAACAAAAUAUGUUUUCAAGUACUAAAAGAGUAGUGAAGUAUACUGAACACAAAAAGCAAACUACCAUAAUAGUUCAACCAUUAACACCAGCCGGAAAUAUCUCCGACCAGAAAAACUCACCGGAAAUGAAUGCCACGUGUCACAAACUUGUACGUAUAUCUGUCACUGAUGCUGAUGCCACAGAUUCUUCAAGUGAUGAAGAAAGUGUUGCUAAUGUACGACAUAGAGUGAAGAAAUUCGUAAAUGAAGUCAAAAUCAAGCAAUGUAAUGAGAGUGUUAAUUUGGUGUUGAAACCAAGAGGCGAAUCCAGCUCUUCAGUAGGAACUCAUAAACUUCAAAUCUUGGAUGAAAUUGCAGUAGGAACUCAUAAACUUCAAAUCUUGGACGCAACCGAGAAUGCAGUAAAAUCAGUAAAGGGACGACGGAAAAAGAAUACCGAGGCAAAAAGAGUGAAAGUGAAAAAUGUGAAAAAGUUUAUAGGUGUAAGGAGGCGGCCAUGGGGGAAAUGGGCGGCUGAGAUUAGAGAUCCGACGAGACGUGUACGGUUGUGGUUAGGUACUUAUAAUACAGCUGAAGAAGCUGCUAUGGUUUAUGAUAAUGCAGCUAUUAAGUUACGUGGACCUAAUGCACUCACUAACUUUGCUCCUGAGGUGGAAGGUAGUUGUUGUGAUUACAACUCCAACAAGGUUAAGGUGGAAGAUAGUUGCUCCGAUUACAACUCCGGCGAGAUUAAGGUGGAAGGUAGUUGCUUCGGUUACAACUCGGUCCAUGAUUCUCACCCUUCUCCAACGUCUGUUCUCCAUUUUACGAGUGAAGAAGCGGAUACUGAGCUGUCGCCGAGUCCAAUGAAAAUAGAUAUAGAACAUAAUUUUCCUAUACCGGAGAAUUUUUCUGACUUUUCAUCGUUUGAGAGUUUGUUUCCACAUGAGUUAUUCCAGUUUGAGAAUCCGGUACCCGUACCUGAUUGGUUUGAAGCAACAAGUUUGCAAGACAACUUUGUCGGGUCAAGUAAUGAUUUCGGGCUUGUGGAUGACUUUUUUCUGGAUUUUGGAGAUAUAUUCGGGUUUGACCCGCUCAUUGCUCUUUGAAACUUGAUUGAAAGAAUAGUAGUAGUACUAUUAUUCUUCGUUUGAAAAAAUUUAAUUAUAGUGAAUAGGAAAAAUUUAAUUAAACUGUGAUUAGGAAGUGGUAGUAUUUAGAUGUUGAAUGCAAAUGGUCUGUUUUGUCAUACUAAUGGACAUUUAAGUGUUGAAAUAUGUUAUAAUUUGAGUUGUUAUC